CAGGAGGAAUCUCCUUCUCCAUUUGUUUCUGGGCUGUAAUGCUUCCCUCUAGUGGUUUGUUAUGAACAACUUGAUAUCACAGACCUAUCUGAAGACAAGUGACAUGGUCAGAUGUUUGGUUUUGUUUGAAUUUGGAAGACGGUUUGGCAUCUGUUUUACACAAGCUAAACAAGUGAACACUAUCUGUCUUUAAAGAAGCAGUUACUUUUUUUUUUUUUUACAUUCAUUUUUUUUCUUUAUCCAGUUGUGUCUUUUGUUUACAAAUUGAGUCAAAACCACAAAUUAACAUUUUUAGCUUUAAGUGGCAUUAUUUAAACUUUUCAAGUUGAUUUUAGGGCAGUGUUUUUCCACUCGAAGGUAAUAGAAAGAUAAUAACUAAGUUUUAGACAGGGCGAGAGAAAUCUUGGUAUAUCUGAUUAUAAAUAAAUACAUUUAUGUAUUUAUAUAAACCUUUAAUUAUUAGCUACAUGUAUUACAUGGCUAUAAAUAUAUUUUAAACAGCAAGCAAACACGACCUGCCACCGAGUCUCAUUAGAGCGGGUCCGCUGCGAUCCCACAAUGCACCGCUGCGCAGCUGCAGAUGGAAUGUAUCUCGCUAGCAUGCUAGCCGCAGCAUCGCAGUAAAGUUUGACAAACACAUCAUGAGCGGCUCGAACCCGCCGCCAGCGCUUCACUGAAAACACAUGCGUCAGGUAGACAGAGGGGAAGUGCUGUGAACACAACCGUGUUGACCUGCUGAUAGAAAUCCCUAUGUUGGUCCUGUCUAUUCCUGUAGCUUCAGCUCAACUGCUCAGCGUUCAGCGAUGAACAUUGAUGACAAGCUGGAGGGGAUGCUUAUGAAAUGUGGCCCUGUGGGGCUUCACCACUCAUCCAGAGGUUUAGGACCCUCAAGGGUGGAUGGUAGAGGAAGAAGAGGCAGUUUGGAUAUGACACUUGGGGAACGGAGCUUGGCUAAUCAUCCCCUUUUGGCAGAGGAUGAUGAGGACGAUGACGAUGAUGAUGAAGACCUGGCAGGUGGAAGCCUGACCUCCCAUGAUCUGAUAUCCCAGGAUGACCUGAUGGUGCAUGAGGAGACUGUGAAAAAUGAUGGACAGGAUGAACCAGCUUUCUCACAGCGAAUCUCCCAUAAGUUACAUUAUACACUCAAUAUGCCAGUCAAUAUAAAGCAGGAGAUGAAAGUACCAGACUCACUGAUUCUGAAUAAAAAGGAGAAGAAACCAGGGAGAGACCCAUCUGACUGUCACAAAAAGAAGAAGAGAAAGCAGCGCUCGCCUGCAAAGAUUCUCACUAUUAAUGAAGAUGGCUCCCUUGGACACCAGAACCCAAAAUCUCAUGUCUGUGAGCACUGCAAUGCUGCUUUUCGGACAAACUACCAUUUACAAAGACAUGUCUUCAUUCACACAGGUGAAAAGCCUUUCCAGUGCAAUCAAUGUGACAUGCGCUUUAUUCAGAAGUACCUGCUUCAGAGACAUGAGAAGAUCCACACAGGAGAAAAACCAUUUCGCUGUGAUGAGUGUGGAAUGAAAUUUAUUCAGAAAUACCACAUGGAGAGACAUAAGAGGACACACAGUGGGGAGAAGCCUUACCAGUGUGACUACUGCCAUCAGUUUUUCUCCAGAACUGACAGAGUACUGAAGCACAGACGAAUGUGCCAUGAGAAUAAGGACAGAAAGGUGCAGAAAGCAGCUGCCAAAGAUGGCCCUCUUCGCACCACAGAGAGCUUGGGCUUCUCUUUUCCUGCCAAGGAAUUUACCCUUCCCAAGAAGAAACGUCAGAAGACCUCUGAUAAAAAUCGGGUCUCGCUCGCAAGUUCCACUGUUGACAAAGUGGUUGAAGCUGGUAACGAAGAGAAGACUGAAGACCGACUCGCCAAAAGCGAGUGUCUUCCUCUUUACACUGUAGCCACCAAAGUGAAAGAUGAGUAUGUAGUUACAGAUUAUUCAGUUGAGCUCCCUGAUUCCCCGCCUGGUAACAGGCAUCUUGCAGGGGAAGAGUCAAAUGAUGAGAUAAUUAGUCCUCCCAAACUAGUGCUGAAGAAAAUUGCCAGCAGGAGAGGUUUGAAACAGCAAGCUCUAGAACCGUCCCAGAGUCUCUCUCCCUUGUCCUCAUUCGAAGAGAGCAAAGUUACGAGAUACACAUUUGAGAUUGUGGAUAACAAAGGCCUUUUAGAUGUCGAGGCCAAUCCUGACAUGGAGUCGGUUGACGCUCUACAAGGAGGACAAGCAAAACCAGCCGGGAGCAGCACAAACUAUGACGAUGCCAUGCAGUUUCUUAAGAAGAAACGAUACCUCCAGGCGGCCACGGCUAACACUAGUCGAGACUAUGCGCUUAACGUGAGCAGCAUCGUUUCGCAGCCCUCCGUCACUCAGGCAGCUGUAGCGAGCGUCAUUGAUGAGACCGUUCCCGCCACAAUCCUCUCUGAGACUCAGACGCUGAACGUGGAGAUCAAGUCCAAUAACGAGAAGAAUGUCCUUCCAGACGAGGUCCUGCAGACACUUCUCGAUCACUACUCCAAUAAAGCCAAUGGGCAAGCAGAGAUUUCCUUCAGUGUGGCAGACACCGAGGUCACAUCCAGCAUCUCUAUCAACUCUUCCGAUGAGAACAGCCCCAAUGAGGCUUUGGGAACCAGCUCACAAGCGCCUCCGGCCGAGAAGGCCAGCCUUCUGCAGGAGUACUCCAAGUUUCUCCAGCAAGCACUGGAAAGAACCAGUCAGAACGACACCUACCUGAACAACCAGAGUCUUACGUUUGUAAAUGACAGUGCCAGUCUCGCUGGCCAGCCUUUGUUUUCCACAGAGAAGCAGUUCACCUCCCCAUCCCGGUUCAGACCAAGCAUGAACUCUCCAUUGAGAUCCACCUUGGAGAAACCUAACUUUAGUCUUUUAGUAGAUUCCCAACACUCUUUCUCCUUUUCAGGUGAUGAGACAAAUCCUUCCUCAGAUUCACCAACGGAGGACUUCCUCGACCAAGUAACCUCUCCCAAAAAGACAGACGCACAAAGCAUCAGUCAGACAUUUCAGAUUGCUACUUUCGAUCAGAACUUUCGAUCUCAAUUCCCAAGCUCACGGUCUGGAAUUUCCUCACAGUUUAGCCUUGCCAGUGGACAAGUUAGCUUGAGAGGUCAUGGAGGAACAGACUUUCCAGAGUUCUCUCUUGUUAAUGAAACAAGAACUCAACUAACUUCAUCUCCGGAUGCUACAAGCAGCCAAACCUUUGGCUAAACAAGAGCUUUUAAUGAUUUGAAGCAUUUUAAAGGCACUUUAUAGUUCUGUCAGUGAAGGCAAUGUGAUCUCUGUGCAAAUACUUAUGAUUUUCCAUCUUUAAGCUAUCACGCAUGUGUGUGAAUUAAAGGAGUAGAGUGAUACACACAUUAGAUUUCAUUAUCAGCAUUCUAAAUGAGAGUAUGAAAUACUUUUUUUUUAUGUGUCAUUGCAUUAUUUGUGUAUGACAGCUGUGUCCAAAAGUAUUGGUUGUGACAAAUUUUGUGUUUCGCAAAGUUUGCUGCUUAAGUAUUUGUAGAUAAUUUUUUUCAUGUCUUUUAUUGGUAAAAACAUUCAAUAUAUACAAAGAGUCAAUAUUUCCAGUGAUGACUCUUCUUCAUAACCUCUGCAUUGCGCUCUGGCCAAAUCCUGACUGAUGGCGAUCCAUUCUUGCCUUAUUAGUGCUCAGAGUUGAUCACAAUGUGGGCUUCUGCUUGUCCACUCGCCUUGUGAGGACUGACAGGUUUUCUACGGGAUUAAGAUCUGAGGAGUUGCUUGGCCACGGAUCCAAAAUUUCAAUGUAAUGAUCUCCAAGCCGCUUCGUUAUUGCUCUUGCCUUGUGACAUGGUUCUCCAUCAUGUAAGAAAAUGCACUGAUCAUCACCAAAUUGCUCCUUGGUCACUGGGAGAAGUUGGUCUUGUAGGAUGUUUUGAUAUCUUUGUUUAUUCCUAGGAGUGUUUUUGGCUAUAAUUUUGAGAGAGCCCACUCUCAUGAAAAGCUUCCCCAAACAUGGAUGGUCUCAGGAUGCUUCACUGUUGGCACGACACAGGACUCUGUUCUUCUCUGGACAAUCGAUAUUCCUGAUGUCCCAAACAGUCAGAAGGGAGCUUCAUUAGAGAAAACAACUUUGCAAAAGUUGUCUGCUGUCCAAUCCUUGUAGUGCCUGCAGAAUUUCAGUCUGUCUUUGAUGGUUUUCUUGGAGAGAAGUGGCUUCUUUACUGCCCUUCUUGACACCAGGCCAUUGUUCAAAAGUCUUAGCCUCACUGUGUGUGCAGAUGCACUCGCCCACUUGUUGCCAAUACUGAGCAAGUUCUGCACUGAUGGUGACACGGUUCCAUAGCUGACUCCUCAGGAGGAGACGGACACUCUGGGACGUCCUGAAGCCUUCUUCACUGCAGUUGAACCUCCUUGAAGGUCUUGAUGAUUCGGUAAGUGGUUCUUUCAGGUGCAAUAUUCUUUGCAGCAAUUUCUUUGCAUGUUAGGCCAUUUUGAUGCAAAGCGAUGAUGGCUGCACGUCUUUCUUUGGAGGUAACCAUUGCUAACACAAGAACACAAUGAUUGGAAGCACUUCUUCCCUCCUUUUUAUAGCAAUCAGUCUGCUCUUAUAAUCCAGUCAGAAUGCGAUUUUGCCCAACUAGUUUUUGUUCACAAUUUCCCAUGUGUUUAUAUGAUUCAUGAAAUGAUGUUAGCUGGUCAUUUUGUGCCAGGGCCAAAAAACAGUAAAGAAUUUGUGUUUUUGUGAUAAAGUUGGAAACUUUGCGAAACACAAAAUGUACGUCACUGCCAAAACUUUUGGCCAUGACUGUACAUAUGUAGUGCUCGAGAAUGCACUUUGGCUUGCCAAAUUAAUGUUAGCCUGUGCGUUUCCAAAAUCAAGCAUUAAAGCUACUACUGCAGUGCUGUUGUAGUAGUCUAAAUUGGCUUCCCCAAGAGACAAUUUUACAAAGAUCAAUUCCGAUUUGGCCUUUUGUUAAUGUUCAGCUCUUCUGCUGAAACAACAGGCUCAACGGACUGACCUAAUAAUAUAGGUCUAUAGAAACUACCCUAACAUAGCAUUACAAUCAAUUUGUUUUGUAUUUAAUUAGUUUUGUAACAUGUUGUCUGGAGAGGUACUGAAAGGACCUUACUUUGCCCUAGACUUGAGUAAGGCACUUACCUCUGGGUUGUUCCUCUUUGUGAUUAAUGUACUUUUGGUUUAAAAAAUGACAAGUAACAUUUUUCACACCCCUGUUGCUGUAAGCUAAAUGUAUUUAAUCUUUUUGUGCAUUUAAUUAUGUGUUGGAAUGUUUUUAUUUUAAUAUAUAUAUAUUUUGCUUUCACUGCUCCCUGAAAGAUUCUCUCCAAGGCACGUCUAUUUUGUUUAGAGCAAUCUGCAGGUAUUGUCAUACUGAGUUUGUAUGGACCUAGCCCAUAAUUCUAUAUAAUGAGAUUAUAUAAUCAUGAAAUAUUGUUUGCACAUUUCUCCUAAGGUUAUUGGAUCAAAACAAUAGAACCAUUAGAGACUGUCUUGCCAAUCAGAUUUGAGCUGCACACGGGGAACCAGUCAUCUGUAGAGAUUUUGUUUUCACAUAUCCCGCAUUUUGGGGAUGCAGUUUUAGCAAUUGUCCAGGGAAAUGGCACUAACAGGUAUGCACUUUUUCAUCCGUUAUCAUUGUGCCUGACUUGGUUCUUGACUCAAUGGUUAGUGCAUUUCAUCACUUUGAUUUCGUUUGUUCACAGUCUGUUUUCUUGAGUUUCCAGAUGCACUCAUGAUCUGAUAAAUAUUAACCAUUAAAUAGCAUGUUGAGCUCAUGGGCCAUUUUUGUUGUUGUUUUAAAGCACUUUUCAAUACCCACCUUCCCUCUACAUAAUGUACAAAUCUGAUAUAAUCGAUAUCAGUCUUGAGUGAAAUCAAGAAAGAUGAUUUAAGAAUGUAUGGUCUGAGAUAAUAUUUUUAUGCUUUUUCUUUGUCUCAAAACACCCAUACAUUAGCAAAUCCUAUGUCUUUGCAUCACUCGCUGUUACUUAUUAGAUUAAUAUAGAACAAAAAAUAGUGUAAUAUUUGGUACAGUUGAACUAAUAUGUAUAUGUACACAUAACAUUUGUUUAUUGCACAUCUCUCUUUGUUAGCUUAACUAAUCAUGUAAAUUAAAAGCUUUCUUUCUGUUUUCUCAGAUUGUUUAUGGAAAUUUACCUGCUUGCCCCAUAACUGUAUCUUGAUUAAUCUUAGGUUUAUGAUUUUUAAUAGUAGUAUCAUGCCAAGCUGUAAACUCAUUGGAUUUCUUUGUAAAUCAUUUUUAAAACAUUCUUAUGUAAAUUGUUGAAUGGUUGUAUGAACAAUUUACACAGAUUUCAUAGUCGGCAUGUUUGGUGUCAAAGACAUUUACUGUGCUUUUGAUUACGGUUUAUUUUAUGUGCCUAAACGUUCCUUUAUUUUUACAUGUUGUAAAUAGGUUGUAUAUUUUAAGUUCUGCAUUUUGCUGUUGGAGUGUAGUAUAUAGAGAGAGUGCAACAAGAUUUAAGAAUAUUUGCUGCCAUUUCGGUUUACUCAUUCCCAUGGUCCCUGAUGACUCUCAGCACAACUUUUGUGACAAAAUCAAGUUUGUGUUCUUGUUUGUGAAAUUAAAAAUGUACUGUCCUCUCUAUGAAUUUCCUCUGAAUGCAGUUUUAAUUUUUACAAUCUGAUUACAAGUCCAUGUAUGGAUCUUACACCCUCAGAGGAUGACUUUUUAGGAUAUUAUUUAUCAUUUCAAUAUCAUGUGAUACCUGCAUUAUAAAUAUUUAAUCAAUAAUUACUGCUACAGAUGCUCCAGAAUUGACAGAAAUGAAAUGAUAAUUUAAGGGAAGUGCAUAAUGCUUUAUUUUCAUGUAGUAAACUGUGAUGUUUUUUGUAAGCUCAAUUGCUGUAGGUAAAAGGUCAUAAUCCAUAUCCAGACACACGACUGUUGUCCUUCUUAAUUGAUUGGGUAUUUUGAGCAUCAAAGUCUCAUGGUGUUACUGAUGGUGUAUCAUUGUUUUCUUUCAAGUUUAAUUCGAAUGGAAAACUGAAUUGUUUUAUUUAGUAAGAGAGCUCUUCUAAAUAGUUUUAGACAUUUAAUUUUAUUGGGGAGUGCAUGUCCUCUGACUGUCUUUGUACACUGGUUAUAUUUUUAUAUGUAUCCAUUUUAUUGUAGCCGAAUUAUUUCCAUAGAAUAUACUCUAAUGCAAUACUUUGCCUAAGACUUGGAGAAAAUGUUCUGAUUGGAUGUUUUUGAUUGCGUGCCUCUUGUUGUGUAAUAUUAAAUUUCCAAAUACA